AUGUCCGAAACAGAAAAACAGGGAAAUGUUCUUAAAUCAGAUUUUCUUGAGGGCAAUAGAUCUAACCUCGAGGAGCCAACAUCUACACAUCGAAAGCGUCUGCGCCAUCACCGCACUAAUAAGGGGAAGCGGCCGGUUGAUGCAUCUCAAGAUGAGGAAUGCGGGAAUCCUCUUCCAGAGUCCUUCACUGUUCAAUCAACUACAAAUGACGCUGGGGAACCCCCUGCUCUCAUAAAGCGAAAUCGUAAAUUGGAUAGUUCAAAUCAGCUUCACACCGCUACCACCAAAGAAAAUUCUAGUUCUUCCUUGUCAGCACUUCCCUGCUCUAGUUACGAUGACUCAAUCUGUGAGCCAACCCGAAGAGCAAACCAUGGUCCAGAGAAGGAACUUCGCAAAAGGGAUAAGGGAGGGAAAACACACGAGCGAAAGGAAUUGGAUGAUAUCAGCUCCUACGGCGAGGUGGGCAAGAUUGGCGAUCAACGAGAAAGCAAGCGAGUUAGAAGGGGUAUAGAAUCAGAUGCUAACGGUGAGGCCUUCAGGAAGGCCGCGGUUGCCGCUGCGAUGAGUUCAGCAUACAGCGUUGAGAAGAUGGACUCGGUUAGCACCGAUUACAAGCAGCUUCGUCUGAACCCUCACAUUGUCUCGGCUUUGGAAAAUGAUAUGAAGUUUACCUCACUAACAGGAAUUCAGGCCCGCUGUAUCCCCGCCGCGCUACAAGGGAAGGACUUACUUGCCGAGGCCAAGACAGGCGCAGGUAAGACGCUGGCAUUUCUCAUACCCAUUGUAGAAAUUAUCACGCGUGCAGGGUUCCGGCCAAGCAACGGCACCGCGGCGAUAAUUAUCGGUCCAACGCGUGAACUCUGUUUGCAGAUUGAGGGCGUUCUGCUCAAGCUCCUUAAAUAUUUCAAUGGAUCCAUUACAUUUUUAUGUUGCAUUGGGGGGCAAAACCGGAAGCAAGAGAGCUUUAAACUUGUGAAUGGCGUGAUGAUUGUCGUAGCGUCUCCUGGGCGUCUACUGGAUCAACUAAAACUGACAGAUGAUUGGCACACCAACAAUCUCCUCAUACUCGCAGUGGAUGAGGCGGAUCGCGUGCUCGACAACGGGUUUGAGGAAGAUAUGCGCGAGAUUGUGUCGCUCCUUCCUCAACAACGCCAAACUUUCCUUUUUUCCGCUACACAGACCACGCGUGUUGAGCAGCUUGCGCGGAUCUCGUUUCAGAAAAAGCCCGUUUUUAUCUCCAUGAAAUCAAAAAAAGACAAGGCCACGGUGGAGACACUCGAACAGGGCUACGUGAUUUGUGAAAGUACCAAACGACUGCUCGUUCUCUACCACUUUGUGAAACGUAAUCUCAAGAAGAAGAUGAUUGUGUUCUUUAGUAGUCGUAAUAGUGUUAGUUUUCAUUGCGAGCUUUUUAACUAUAUCGACGUCCCAUGUAUUGCUUUCCACGGCAAACAAAAGCAGCACCAACGCUCAGCAACUUACAUGCAGUUUUGCAAUGCCGAAAGUGGGGUACUCUUCACGACGGAUGUGGCCGCACGCGGCUUGGAUAUUCCUGCCGUCGAUUGGAUCGUGCAGUUUGACCCACCGGAUGAUCCGGUGAAGUAUAUUCACCGUGUCGGUCGUACGGCCCGUGCUGGACGCUGUGGUAAUGCACUGAUGUUUUUAUUACCCCAGGAGAAUCUUUUUCUCAAAUACCUCUACAACGACACCCAUGUUUCCGUAAACGAAUACACGUUCGAUAUUUCUAAACUCAACAGUAAUGUUCAAGACCAACUUGAGAAGUUGGUGUCUUCCAAUUACUAUCUACGCACCUCGGCGCGACAGGCCUACGAGGGGUACUUGCUCAGCUACAGCAGCAGUCAGCUUAAGAAUGUGUUUAACGUGCAAAAUCUCGAUUUAGCUGAAGUGGCGCGUGGGUUUGCCUUGAGUGAGCCGCCGCCUAUAAAAAUCGACCUUUCACAAUCAGCAGCGCACUUAAGCAAAAAGCUUCGUCGUGAAAAUAACAAUAUAAGGAAAUCGAAAGACAUCAAACGCCAUGCAGUUGGGUUAGCUACGAUAAGUAAUCGGAACAAAAAUAUUAGCGGUGAGUGGGAUUGA